AUGGUUUAUUAUAAGAUAACGUUAGCUAGGUCUGUGAUUGGAUUACCUCAAGCGACGAGAGAUAUAGUGAAGACGUUAGGUUUAGGUAAGAGGGGAUCUGUGAUAUAUAGACAAGUGACGCCUGCUAUUGCUGGUUCAAUGAUAAAAGUGAAAGAGAUUAUCGAUGUGGAAGUGACGAAAGAUUCGUUGAAUAAGUUUGAACAACGGCAAUUAAGGAAAUCAAAUCCUGGGUUUGUUGUCGAGAAACGAUCGGAUUUACUGGGAUAA